CGUAAUACUGUGGAAUUUGGUCAGAGGUUUAUCUGGAGCGGUAGUAAUAAGCGGCGUGAAUAGCCCACUACGAGGUCAGAGGAAGCAGCGCUUUAAUGACCGCAGUAAAUUUUUCACCCGACUUCUGAUGAGACACAUAAAGAGCAGCAACACCACAACACACAUCAAUAGGAGCGACGACUCACACGGCUACAGGCUCCCCAAGCAGCGAAUACCGGAUUACAUUGGUGAGGCAAAAACAUGGAGGCUGAAGAUGCUAAUGUCUCGUACAGCAGGUGGAAUGAUGAUGUUAACCUCAACUCUGCUCAGUCCCAGUCCAGCUUAAUCAGGUUCUAUAACCGCCUGUGCACAGGGAACCUGGGCAUCUACAUCAGAAUCGCCGGAGCUCUGGCGGCGCUGGUGUCGGUCUACAUCCUGGGCUACGUGACUGGGUACUACGUCCAUGGACGCUGACGCCCCCUGCUGUUCAUGUGUGGUCAACGAGGAGUGGCUAGUCAGUGCACCGGAAGAUCCUGCACGUUUGAAAUACAUCCAGGACUUCAGCAGGUGCUGAGGAACCGGAACCAGGAUACUGUUCUGUCCUAAAACACACCAUUAUUUAACAGCAAAAAAAACAUUCAUAGUUUUAUAAUGACUUAACCUUGAAUGUGACUUACAGUUUUUCUCAGUCGCUUUGGUGCUUUUCUCAGAUCAGAAUGAAAAUUCUCAUUACCAUUAGUUCAACCUCCACAACAUUUAGUCAUUUGUGCACAUCAUAGUAGUAAUUUCUCCUUCCU